CUCGAAGAGUUGCUGGUUGCGUUUCCUCUCAAACGCUCUCUACCUCCCGACUUGCUCUCUCGCUCCUCCCUGAAGUGGGCAGCGACCUCCUCGUCACUAGUCUUUCCCAAGCAGCAACACUUUUUUCUCUGCAGCGGACUGGUAGACGUGUGCGUACUUCUAGUUUUUCCAUUGUUAAAGAGCGGGUUCUUCUCUUUCACUCCGUUCUACCGAAGCUUAUUGUCGGUGUGGAGCCGGGAGGACCGAGGAGAGGACAGGACGGGGGUAAACCGGCUGACCGCAGCGGGUUUUCUGACGCGAGUGUAGGAGCUAACAUCGAAGUAACAAUGAUGGAAGUUCCUGGUAUACAGAGCUCUCAUGUGGACCCAGAGGAACUCUUCACCAAGUUGGACCGGAUCGGCAAGGGAUCAUUCGGCGAGGUGUUUAAGGGGAUAGACAAGAGGACUCAGAGUGUAUUGGCCAUUAAGACCAUAGACCUGGAGGAGGCUGAGGACGAGAUAGAGGACAUCCAGCAGGAGAUCACGGUCCUUAGCCAGUGUGAUAGUCCCUACAUCACCAAGUACUACGGCUCCUACCUCAAGGGCAGUAAAUUAUGGAUCAUUAUGGAGUAUUUGGGUGGCGGAUCAGCACUAGACCUGCUACGAGCAGGUGCGUUCGAGGAGGCCCAGAUUGCGACCAUGCUGAAGGAGAUCCUGAAGGGGCUGGACUACCUGCACAGUGAAAAGAAGAUCCACAGAGACAUCAAAGCGGCCAACGUGCUGCUGUCGGAGCAGGGCCAGGUGAAGCUCGCAGACUUCGGUGUGGCGGGUCAGCUGACUGACACCCAGAUCAAGAGGGAGACCUUUGUGGGGACGCCCUUCUGGAUGGCCCCAGAGGUCAUCCAGCAGUCAGCCUACGACUCCAAGGCGGACAUAUGGUCCCUGGGAAUAACAGCGAUAGAGCUAGCCAAGGGGGAGCCUCCCAACUCGGACAUGCAUCCAAUGAGAGUCCUCUUCCACAUCCCCAAGUCCCCGCCCCCUACCCUGAUUGGUGAUUUCUCCAAGAGCUUCAAGGAGUUCACAGAGGCGUGUCUGAACAAGGACCCUGCCUUCAGACCCACAGCUAAAGAGCUACUGAAACACAAGUUCAUUGUGAAGCAGUGCAAGAAGACGUCCUACCUCAGCGAGUUGAUUGACAGGUACCGGAGAUGGAAAGAGGAGGGGCAUAGCGACAGCAGCUCGGACGACUCAGACAGUGAGUCCAGUAACAAGGAGAACAGCCAGUCUCCAGAAUGGUCGUUCACAACGGUGCGCAAGAAGAAACCGGAAGGCCGUAAGGUGCUCAAUGGAACGGCUCCUGAGCAGCUGCCUAAAUCCACCAGUUUAACCACCGUCAUCUCCCCCGUCUUCACAGAGUUGAAGCAGCAGCACAAGGAUAAUUCUGACCAGCGAUUGGCUGUCGAGGAGCUGGAACGCAACAUCCGAUUGGCUGAGGAUGUGUGCCCAGGCAUCACCGAUAGGAUGGUCACACACAUCAUCGCCCGCUACCAGAAAUUCUCCCCCAAUUAAAAAAAGGAGGGACAGAAAUGUGGGGAGAGAGACAGUGUCUCUGUACGGUGCCUUGGAAACGCCUGUUGGAUCAUGGGAAAUGGAGUUUUGCUGUGCAAUACCUCCUAAGAGAAGACACAGAUAUUUUAUGUAAUAUAUUCACCAUAUAUCCUGUAUAUAUAUAUCACUCCCUGCUGUCGGAUAAUCAACAUUUUGUAUUUUACACAAAUUGCCCUGCGGACAAGAUUGUGUUUUCUUACCUACAACUCGGCUCCACUGGAAGAGGUUUGGUGUUGAUUUCUAAUGUUUUCAUGGUUUGCUGUCAGCAUCAAUCUGGGGUUUCUAAAACCAGUAGCAGGGUGAAUAAACACCUAGCGGUUCUAUGUAAAUAAAUGUCUCGUCCCCAGGUGUACCGUGCCAUGCCAACCGUCAGUUUCACGCUCGGCCAAUCGCUGAGCAGCUCUUGGUGUAACAUGACUUGCCUACGCUGUUUAGAGAGAAAAAAAGGCGUUUUAGACAUAUUGAGAGAUUUCUGGUCAGAUAUUGCUAAUUUAGGUACAUUUAACUGUUUUUAUACAUUUAACAUUUGAGCAAGGAUGACAGCGACUGUUAUUUGCAUUAACACCAAAAUCCCCGGUCGUGUGCAUUAUAUGGUGCGUUUGAUAGCACUUGAAAAACGUUUUGUCCUUCAUGCCAAUAUUACUCUGCGACGUCAUGGUUAUGCCCUCCCCCCCCCCAAACUGCUGAUGUGUGUUUUUAUUUUUAUUUACCCAAAGACCACGGUAACAACGGCCAAGUGCCGAAUACGGCGUGUGCGCGCUGACAUGGUGCGUGCUGGUGUGUGUGUGUGUGCCAACAGAGUCCUCCACUACACCGGAUAAGACACCUCCUAUAACUGUUGUCAAACACUUGCGCUACAGAGCUACACAUUUGUUUCUCGCUCAAAGGUACUUUGUCAGGGGCAGAACACCGUAGGAUUAAAAUUUAGAGAUGUGCAUUAAGUGCAGACAUAUCGUAAAAAUUCAACAAACUUUUUUUUUUUUUUUUUUCAAGCACUGUCAAAAGGGAGUAGGUUUGAAUGAGCGUUAUGAUGAUGAUGAUAAUAAUAAUAAUAAUAAUAAUACUAUGUGAUGGUUGCCCAAUUUCCACUCGUUCAUAAACACAACAAGACUUCACCUGGUAGUUUAAACUUUAAACCACAGAGUGCCAGUUUGAAACCAUGGUGACAGUACAUGGAUUCUCAUUGGUCAACAGGUCUGUGUAUCGGCCUUCCCCUAGUGGCCAUGUUGAUGAAACCAAAAUGGCCCCUCUUGGAAUAAUGGCCAAAGUGUAGUCGUACUAAAGUAGACAGAUAUCUGAAACGAAACCAGGUUAAGUCCUCUAAUCCCUCUCUGAUCGAUGGUUCAUGUUGUGUUGAUUUUAGUUUUUAUACCAAAGACACUAUAGAUCUAGUUAUUGUAUAUGUUCUUCUUUAUAUAUAACUAUAUCACCAAGGGAUGAAAACAUGCUUUUUGUGUGUAUGGAGGGAUUCUUGAAUGAAACAUGUAAUAUUUUAGAGAAAUUUACACUUUUUUAGGGGUAUUUAGAGUUUUAUGAAUAAAUAUUUAAGUUUGAUUCUGA